AUGGCGGCGUUGCCGCUGCUGGUGCGGCUCUGUCCCGCGCCCGACGCCGGCGAAAAGCCGAUUCUUAAGCUCCAGAGAUAUUUCCAGUCAGUGAAGCGGUCGGGGGGCGGCGAGUGCGAGGUGUGGGGGGGCUCCGAGCCCGGCACCUACUGGGUACACUUCAAGCAGGAGCGAGAUAAGAAGAGUGUGGAAUCCCGCACGGAUCACGUCUUGGAAAUCGGUGCCAGACGCCUGAAGAUAGUCAUCCAGCCGGGCGAAGGGGACCCGAGCAAGAGCCAGUUUACAGAGCAGGCCUCCUCCAGCUACUUCAUCCCUUCCAGCUCUUCCCCACCCCAGCAGGAGCAGCAGGCAGCCGAAGGCCAUGGACACACGGCAAGAGAAGUCAUUACCAAAAAGAUAUUUCUUACAGUGUCUGCAACUUUGAAUACCAGCAUGUUCACUGAACAGCAAAGGGAGAAAAUCACCACUCUAUGUCCAAAUUUAAAAAGAGAAGGAAAUCCUGAUAUUCAUGGCUUUGAGAAAUUGACAGGUGAUUUUACAGAUAUUGAAAAAGCUUAUCACUACUUUAAGGAUAUCCUUGCAGGCAAUGACCCAAACCAUGAUUUUUCACAUUCUGAAAGUAAGAAUGGUUUGAAAGAUGAAAAUUGUCUGAACACUGAAGAAAUGAAUGAGCUUACAGUUCCGUCAGCUCUCUAUGAAUAUUUCAGUCAUACCUGCAAAGAACAAAUCAAAACACUAUGUGAAAAUUUUGGAGUGUAUAUAAGAACUAAAGAUCAUUCCAAGGGGACCAUGUCAGUACACUUCACUUCUGAUGAAAGUCCUGCAUCAAUACAAAGAGCUAAUGAUUGUUUUAUCAGAAUUUUUCAGAAAAGUAUAGAAGAUCUGAAACAGGAAAAGAUUCCCAUGACAAACAGUUACACAUUAAAUGAGAUAAUAAUGAAAUUAAAUGCUAGGUUUAGAAAUCUUCUUGCCAAAGAGGAAGGGAAUCAAUUGCUACUCCGUGGUCCAGCAAGUGAGAUUUUAGCUGCCAGAAAAUUUGUAGCAGAGGAAGGUGAGAAAAGCCAAGCUGAAAAGAAUAUUCAAAUAUCAUCUGAACUGUACGAAUACAGGAAUGGAAUUGAAGUUGAUGCUUCUGUGUUUAAAUUGUUGGAAACAAUAUUAAGCAAAGAGAUUGAAGACAUUAAAGACAAAUUUGAUACAGUAAUAGAAAAGAAAGACCAUUCAUAUGGUCAGAAGAUUCUCAUAAUAUUUAGGCCUAAGACCAAAACUUCUGAUUUGUCUUCACAUGCUGCUGAAAGUUUCAUUAAUGCAUUUCAGAAUGCCUCUGCAAUGUUAAGAGAAAAACUCAUCAGCUUGAACCUUUCAGAAGAUCAGAAGAAAAGAUUAAAAAUUGUACUUAAUGGAAAACAAUUGGAAGAUCUGCAUGUAAAACUUAAGAAGAAGGAAGACAAACUCAUUUUAAGCGGUUUACCAAACCAUCUUCGUGCUGCUGAAAAGCACAUUAUGAACCUUCUUAACAUUGAAGACUCAACACAAACUAAAAAUAGGACACCACUGUCCUCUGAUCUCAGCUAUCGAGAAGCUCCUGGGAAGAAAUACAGUGGCAAGCAAAGGAAUAAUCAUUCUUCUGAAGGACAGUCUAAGGCAAAGACAGAAGAAGGAGACAAAGAUGUAUGUCCAAUUUGCAUGGAGAGAAUUGAUAAUAAAGAAGUACUGGAAAAGUGUAAUCAUGCAUUUUGCAAAAGUUGCAUCGCCCAGGCCAUGACUUAUAAGCAAGCUUGUCCUGUGUGUAACACCAUAUAUGGACCCAUGAAAGGAGACCAACCAGAGGGAACAAUGUCAAGUAGAAAAGUGUCUUCAUCUCUCCUUGGUUAUCCCAAUUGUGGUACUAUUGAGAUUACCUAUAAUAUGUUCGGUGGUAUUCAAACUAGCAACCAUCCAAACCCGGGGAAACCUUAUCAUGCAAUUUCUCGAAGAGCAUAUUUACCUGACAAUAAGGAAGGGCGAGAAAUUCUGCAGCUUCUCAGAAAAGCCUUUGACCAAAAAUUGAUUUUUACAGUGGGGCGGUCACGCACUACUGGUGCAGAAGACGUUAUCACAUGGAAUGAUAUUCAUCAUAAAACUUCCACAGCUGGAGGACCUACCCACUACGGGUACCCUGAUCCUGAAUAUCUGCAGCGGGUUCGAUCAGAAUUGAAAGCAAGAGGAAUUGAAUAAAGAAAUUUAUCAACUGUCAGCUCUGAGGCAUAAUAACUGAACAUGUAGCUAUUUAAUUUACUAUUGAAGUACUAAGAAGAAAGAAGUUACUUUGUUCAACUGCUGUACUUGUAUGUCACAGUCAGCUAAGAAAAGUAAUUUUUUCUCACAAAAUGAUAUAUGUUCUUUUUACACAUCAUUUACUUCCUUGAAUAAUGCUUCCCUAUAUGUGUAACCUUUACAGAAUUUGGGUCUUGUGAGUGCAGCAUCAGUACCUGUCGCAUUCGUCAAAUAUCAAAUUGUGUGUCUUAUUUUACCAGUGAAUCUGAUCUGCACUUUUUCCCACAAGUCCUCAGUCUGAUGACCAAAACAAUAGAUCCACUACUAGCUAUUCAGCCAAACGCUUACUUUAGCUUUGCAUUAUCACAUCUGUCAUCAUGGACAGCAUGAUGUAGCCCAUCUGCUGGAAAAUUUUUGCACAGCUGUUAUAGUAUCAGCUGUGAUCAGGCUAUGAUCUUUUGCCUCUUUCUUUUCAGGGUAGAAAUGGCGUUUGUGGUUUGGGCUUUAAACAUGAAAUUAGUAUGGAUAAUGUACGAGAGGAUACAUGGAUACUGUAUUUUUAGCCCUGUAGAAGUGCUGAAUGCUCAGAGCCAUGUUGGAUCAAAUGGAGACUAACUGCCUGUAGCCAUCUCUGACAGUUGGAUCCUAGUUCUGUGCCUUCCCAUCAUGUUUAAGCUUAAGUACAACUUUUAAGUCAGCUUUGCAACUGCAGAACUAUAUUUUUCCUAUUGCUUCCAAUAUGCACUUUAAAUUGUAUCAUAAAGAUGCUUUGGUGGUACUCUGUACUAUGUAGCCUGCUAAUUACCUUUGUGGUGGUGUGAAAUUAAUAGCUUUUGCUUAAUGCAGAUGUAAUUUUUAGUGAGUUAAACCAUUUUUGUUAGGCUAUUUAAUAUAACUAAUAAAUAAAAUAUAAAAAUACCA